CAGUUGCUAUAGUAAUUAAAGAUUUCCCUUGCGUGAUGUUGCUACCCUUGAGAGCGAUAGGUUAAUUAACCACUACAUCUUACGGAAUCGGGCCUAUAGGAAAGGGCCCAGUACUUUUUUUGCUAUAAUGAAAGUGCUGUUUUUUUGUUUUUUUCUUGCCCUGAGUUACUUCUGCUCAGACGGACCUUUGUUCCUCAUUGCUCAAAUUACCAUCAAAAUGAGGCACAAUCAGAGCUGCUCCCAGAUCUCCUCGGUCACCAUUGGGGUGAAGCCCGGGGUCUUGAAACCAGUGUGCAGUAUGAGGGGUCCUGGAGCGCGCAAGUCGCGAUUCCCUGAGAGAGAAGACUCUGUGGCAAAGCCUAAAAUCUCACACACUCGUUUUUUGGUCCUGGAACAGGAAAAAGAAGCAUUCUACAGGCUCCUCGAGGAUGCCCUGAUCCAGGAUUUUCUGUGCAUGGAUUCAUGCCAUCGGAUUUCUGAUAAGUAUUUAUUGGCCAUGGUCUUGGUUUACUUCAAGCGUGCUGGUUUCCUUAUCAAGGACUAUACAAGGACUAACUUCUUUUUAGCACUUUACCUGGCAAAUGAUAUGGAAGAAGAUGAAGAAGAGUACAAGUAUGAGAUUUUUCCAUGGGCUCUGGGAGAGAAGUGGAAGGAUUCCUACCCACGAUUUCUCAAACUGAGAAUUGACCUCUGGGCCAGAAUGAACUACAGAGCAGUUGUCAGUAGACACUGCUGCGAAGAGGUAAUGAACAUGGAUCCAUCUUACUGGGCUUGGGUGCGUGAAAGGCCUGCACACCAUGGUGGUGCAAUAAGAAGUUACUUGCGUAAUGAGGACAAUUAUCCCAGAGGACCAGGGUUUUCACCCCAGGACUGCCAGUUAUGUAAGCUGACUGGAUUUUGGGAUUUAGAAUGUUCACCUGCUACUUCCUCUCCGGAGUGUGAUCGAAUACAGUUUGCUAAUGAUUGGUCUCAGGACAGGUUUCUUCCUCCUGAAAUUAUACUGGAUCCAGGAGCCACUUUCGAGAUUCAAGUAUGUAGUAAGGAGGUUCAGGCUACACUUAGCUGGAGGUUUGUUUUACAGCAUAUUAUAUCCUGUGUAUUAGUGAAAAGAGAUUCAAAAUGGUGGUGAUACAGCUGCAUUAAAUUGAAUUGAGGUUAA